AAUGACAUCUGUCAAAACUCCAAACGCGAAAUCAAAACAUGGAAAAGAUAUCUUGAGAGGCGUGAUUCUGCUCUUCCUUUCAAAAAACUUGUGAUAAGAGUUUAUUUUAAAUAAAUAAAUUAAAACUUAAGUGGGGAAAAAAGUGUAAAAAAUGUGUGAGAGUUUAAAAAUGGAAGAGAGAGGAUAACCUAACCUAUAAAUUCUCUUUAAUAUUGCCGUGAUCUUUAAAAGUUUGACAGCUUUUUUUAGGAAAGUACUGCUUUUUUUAAAGAAGUUAAGAUUAUUUAUGUCGUUUAAAAUGUCGCCGGCAUUAUUAGAUAAUGAGGAGAGAUGCCUGGGUGGAAUGACUUUUUUUGCUCAGAGUCAUCCGGUCGAACUUUGUGGCAGUAAUGGACUUCCCUUGACUCCAAAUUCAAUCACAAUUUAUGGAAAAUCUCAAUUUUUGAAGACUAUUCGGCAUAAACAUUUGUCUGUCUACCUUGACAUCAUUCGAAGCAAACAUGAAAGGACAGUAGUGGUUGCAGAAUAUAGUGGAGAACCACUAAGAAAUAAAGAAAAUUUAUCUCUAGACAAUAUUAUUAACAUUGCAUACCAAUCUCUCCUUGGUUUGCAACACAUGAACGAACUCGGAUUGGUUCACAGACACCUCAGUCCAGAUAAUAUUUUAAUUAACAAAAAUGGAGACGUAAAAUUGUAUAAUUACGGUUUAUAUUAUAUGACUGACGCUGGAAAAAACGUCUCUUUUCCCAUUGGAUAUCCAAAAUACACAGCGCCAGAAGUAUUUUUGGGGACUGGUCUCAGUGGGAUGAAAGUAGAUUCCUGGUCACUUGGAAUGAUAAUAGCCGAACGUUUACUGAGACAAACGAUAUGGCAAGGAGUAAAAUUGCCACAAUGUUUGCGCAAAGUUUUGAGUCUCAUUCACUGCAAAACGAGCAUUUUCGAACGACUAGCAAGAGAAAAUAAUUGCUUUGAAACGUAUAUGGCUCUUCCCGAGAAUGUAAAAGAAUUCGUGGAAUCUUGUCUUCAAAUUCGUCCAUCCUCGCGUAAAACGCCUGAAGAGCUUUUGCGAUUUUCUUUGUUUCAAGAACUCUUAAAAAAUAAUAAGAAAAUUGAGGAGGAAAAUUCUUACACUAAAGUAAUUGUGAGAAAAAUGGACGAGUUGUAUUAUUUGUGGCAACUUGCUGGUGGCGAUAUUAAUUUGGAAUUAAAAAAACAGGGCCUUAUCCGAUCUAGACCUCCGAUUCUUUCAAUUCCAAACUUGGUGAUAUUAUUGGGUCAGAUGUUUGGAAGAAGGGACACUGCUGGAUUGUUGGACCUUCGAGUCGUAAAAGUUCCUCUGGAUACUUUGAGACAAAGAUUAUCUCACAUUCCGUACAUUUCUAACUAUCCGAGAUUAACUAAUCAAAUGCAUGUUCAGGCCCAAGAUGAUUUGACCGAUCCAGCCUCGCAACUUCCCUUAAUUAUCAGAGAAAGAGACACUGAGUACCAAUUCUAUAGAAUUGUGCUCUACGACAGACUAUUGCAGAUUUAUCCAAUAACGAGGAACGCGAUAAUUAGAGAAGCACAUAAAGAUAUUCCUCCGCCAGUCAGAGGAGCAAUUUGGGCAGCAUUGCUUGGAGUUACAGGAGAUCUUCAAAAAAGAUAUGAAAUGAUUGAUAAAGAAACUCCUACUCACACAGAUCGACAGAUCGAAGUUGAUAUUCCAAGAUGCCAUCAAUACAGCGAAUUACUUUCUUCUGGUGCUGGCCACGAAAGAUUGCAGCGAUUAUUAAAAGCUUGGGUCCGUGAUAAUCCACAUUAUGUUUAUUGGCAAGGACUUGAUUCGCUCACAGCGCCUUUUCUUUACCUCAAUUUUAAUAACGAAGCACGAGCCUUCGCUUGCCUCUCAGCCUUCAUUCCAAAAUAUCUCCACAAAUUCUUUUUAAAAGACAAUUCCCUCGUGAUUCAGGAAUAUCUCGGAAAGUUUUCCCAAGUCAUCGCUUUCCAUGAUCCACAAUUAGCAAAUCAUCUGAAGUCGAUAAAUUUCGUCCCAGAGUUGUUUGCUAUUCCCUGGUUUCUCACGAUGUUCUCACACGUAUUUCCUCUUCAUAAAAUUCUGCACCUGUGGGAUAAACUUUUACUCGGGGAUUCGUCAUUUCCUCUUUUGGUGGGACUUGCAAUUCUCAGACAAUUGAGAGAUUCUUUGCUGACUUCGGGCUUCAAUGAAUGUAUUUUAUUAUUUUCUGACUUGCCUGAAAUUGAUAUCGAAUUAUGCGUGAAGGAUUCGAUGAUUAUGUACCAGAGGACACCAUCCAGUAUCACUUAUAGAAAACAUCAGUUCGAUCAAACCAAGGCUGCGAACUGGAACGAACCCGAACCAGGAACGGAAAAAAUACCCAGAAUCAGUCUAGAAGAUUUUUUGAAAUUACUCGACGAGAGUCCGGAUAAAUUAAUAGUUGUCGAUAUUCGCAGCAAAACGCAAUUUGACAGAGGAUCUGUAAUGGGGAGCAUAAAUAUUCCUUUCACAAGCGUCCAGCUUUCGCAGACAAAUUUGGAAAACUUAGGACCACAAGCGAGACCACUCGCAGAAAAUAAAGACAGUAUAGUCGUGAUAAUUAGCCCCAAUGAUCAAAACAACGCACUCUUUGCCGAUUAUCUCAUAAGCUGCCGAGUUGCUGGGAUUUGUUCCCUUCAAGGUGGAAUUUACGCCCUCAGAUCGAAAUCUCCCAACAUUUUAAUCUCGUCGCGCUAAAUAUAAUUUUUCUACAUAAAUUGUAUAUAGGAAAUAAUAUGUAGAUAAAUUAGAUUUAUAUAUUUGAUAAAUAUAUAACUGUAAAUGAUUUUUAA